AAUCCGAGUUUAAUUUACGACCUGGGUUUUGUACGUUGAGAAAUAGAAGUGUAGUGAUAUUCCACUUCAUAAAACGCAGAAAGUGGUAGGUUUUCUGACUGUACAGUGAAGAGCAUCUUGGUUGGAAAACCUGGUAAAAGUUUUGUAUUUGUUCUAGAGUUGUAUCUGAGUUAGGUGCUUCUGAAAGUAAUAUCUACAAAAUGUUUGCAUUUUAGAUACCUUUUGGAGGCAUAGGGUGCUAGCGAACUCGAGUAUGGGACUGGCCAACCGUAGGUCGUGUAGCUUGGCGUGCUUGGCAACACUUGGUAACUAGGCAGUAGCAGUAUUUCUGCUCUCAGGUGGCGGCAGACAGAAGUUCACACGGAAGCAUCUUUGUUCUAAGCUGUCAAGUGGCUAAGUUAGUCUUUUUUUCUUCUCCUGGGCCCUUCCUGAACAUCUUAGCUUGUAUCUUUUAAUAAUUACCCUUUGUGUUUUGUCUGCUUGAAACCAGACAACUUAAAGUACUUAUCCAGUAAUGAAAGACGGGAGCCUCGUGGGCAGUGUUGUACUUUCAUUUGGUGUUAAAGUUUCCUUGGGUUACAGCUUAUUGCCACAGCCAGUGAUGGAAGGAGGAGUCAUGUUCCUGCCCCUGAGCUACAGCUAAGGCGCAAGGAGUGGCUUGGGGGUCAGGAGUCCUUCCUCACCACGCCACAUGGUUUGUAUUGUUGAAGACUGCUUGUUGGAAGUCAGCGUUUGGCACUUACAUUUUUUUCCUGUCUUUCAUGACUCACACAUUCAAUACUAAUGUUUAGUAGGUUUUUAAAAUUUAGGUAUUUAGAUGCAGACUGCUAUUGAAUCUUCUCACCUUUAGGUUAUAAAAUCACUUUAAAGAAAACUAAGAGUUUGGAGGCAAUGAGAGACAAAUUCUAAAGUAAUACUUCCCAUCUAGAGCCUCUGCUGUGUUUGUAGCACAGGUAUACUUUUUUUGUUCAAGGUAAGGAGUACCUCUUUUUUUUUUUUUUUUAUUUUUGUGAGGAAGAUUGGUCCUAAGCUAACUUCUAUGCCAGUUUUCCUCUGUUUUACAUGGGAUGCUGGUGCAGCGUGGCUUGACAAGCGGUGCCAUGUCGGCGCCCAGGAUCCGAACCUGUGAACCCUGGGCUGCUGAAGCAGAGCACUUGAGCUUAAGCCCUGUGCCACCAGGCUGGCCCCAGGCCGGUCUUCUUUAGUAGAAGACAAUAUUCUUAACCAACAGGGAUUAUUAUCAACACGUGUAGUUACCUCUUAGGGGAAUCAAAUUUAAGGAAUUAGUCAAAUUUAAGGAAACCAUUCAAAUUUAAUGAAUAUCUGGUAAGUGUUCAAUUUAUAAAGGAAAAACUACCCUCAAAAGUUAGGAGAGGGACGGUUAAUCCAGAUCUCUUAUCCUUCUUGCUCUGACUUAGAGCAGGAGUUGGCACACUGGCUCACAGGCAGAGCCAUGCUGCUCCUGUAUCUGUAUGGCCUGUGAGCUAAGCAAGGAGUUUGCAUUUUUAAAUAGUUGGGGAAAAAAUCUAAAGAAUAUUCCGUGACAUGGAAAUUAGAUGAAAUUCAAAUUUCAGAGUCCAUAAGUAUGGUGUAUUGGAACAAAACCUGUUCAUUUGUUUAUGUUUGCUGUCUGGUCCUUUACGGGAGAAAUUUGCUGACCCUGACUUAGGGUAUCCAGAGUCAUAAUUUCCUAGGUUCAGCAUUUCUCUCAGCUUCUCAUGGUAUUUUCUGACAUUUCUGCUUUGAUUCCUUCCUUUUCCUCCUCUUUAUAUACUACGCCUUUGACUUUCAUCUGGGUAAUUUGCCUUUUUUUGGUAGUAAGCUAAGAACUGGCAUUUUGUACUCUUUCGUGUGGCUCAGACUUAAUGAGUGCCUACCCCAAAACUUGUCUGACUUCUUUCUGUUUAUGGCUUCUCUGUCUUCUGUCACCUGGGGCUGAACAAGUUCAACUCUUUGUAUCCCUGCCAUCUUGGUCCCAUGUGGUCUUUCUCUCCCCUCAUUGAACCACUCGUAUUUCUCACUAGAUUCCUGCAGUUUCUUAGCUGGUCUCUCUGACCUACUGCUGAGGGGAGGAUAGUUAAUGCCUGUAAAUAUGCUUCUUAGAGUGCAAAAAUAUAUGUUCUUGAGAUGUUUUAAAAGAAUUAAGUUGAGAUGCAUUUUUCACAAGGAAAUGAUACAAAGCAUUGUAUAGUGAUGCCUUUCUCCUGACCUCGUUACUUUCCCCUUCGAGUUGAUUGGGUGGCAUUGCCAAAGUACAGGGCACCUCUCUUCUUCAAGACAUUCAGAGUGAGUCUGGCAUCCAAGGCCACCUCUGGUAGUUCUCCAGCCCUUUUUUUUUUAAACCUCAUCCUUUUCAUUCUUCAUUCCAUGUACCAGGUAAACAGAGCUGCUGCAGACCCUGUAAAUACCAUUCCCUUUUCUUUCGUGUCCGUGUCACUCUGCUUUUCUUGGAAUGCCCUCUCUUUCCACAUUACCCCAUCAUCGCCCUGAAAACCUGCUUCAAGUUCAUUUUAACUCAUUUGGUAGGUUAAACAGACACUGGGGACCUGUGCUGUUAGGAAUUACAGACUAGUAUAAUCGUUCCUUCGGACUUGCAUGGUAGUGUUGUGUGUUUCAUCACAUGGAUCAUUUUCUACUUUAUAUUACAGUUAAUUGGUGGAUGUUUCUUAUUUUCUUUGCUAGAUUACAAAUUCUUGAGGUCCAAGUCUGUUUGAUUUCUGUCCUCUGCUCUGCUUUGCGCAUAGGUUGAUGCUCACUUAGCUGCUUUACUGGGAUUACUGCUCUCAUCGCUUUAAAACAGUUCUUGCAUGUGAGAUAGCCUGCUCACCUCUUGUGCUAGUAAGUUGCUUUCAAGUCAGUGCCCUUUGCUUGUGCUGGGCGAGUUGUAUCCUUACCAGAAAUUGUGUUGGUUUCCAAGACUAUUUCAGGGCAGGUAAUCUUGUUUUCAUAAUAAUAAAAAUAGUUUAAAUAUCAUCUAAACUGAUGAAGUGAGUGCAAACUAAUUUUUUUCCCCGAAAACCAAGUUGGAUUCUUUGGAAAGACUUACAGGUGAGUCAGUAAAAUAAUGGCUGUAGAACUAGAUGUGGCUGCAACAUCUGAAAGUUUGAGAGGAAGAGUAACAAUCGCCCACGAGGAUUCUGUAUGUAGACUGCUUUAUGAGGAUUUCUUAAAGCUUUCCACUUUAAUGAAAUGGAAAAUGGAAAUUGUAGAUGCUGCAUUUAUAGAUGUGGUUGAGAUCAACCGGAAGGAACUUCAAGCAGCAAGGAACUCAUCGUCGUCGAUCUUAUUCUCCCAGCGCUUUGACCCCAUGUUAACAUUGGCAGGGGAAUUUACGUUUGUGUUAAAUAAAAUGUUUAAGGUAUGUAUGUAUGAUUUUUUGAUUUCCUGCUUUAGCCUUAAUUCGUUUUUUAACCUAUUACUUUUGGAUAUGAUUGUUUUGGAUACGAAGACUUCUGCUUCAGUAAGUGCCCUGAUUUUUGUUUUCUAAACGAAUAGAAGAACAUAAGAUCCCGAAUGAAGAUACUGGUUGUGUUACGUCGGAGUAAACAAAGAACUGGCACUGGGAACUAGAAAGAGCUUUAGAGAUGGAUCAACCUGGCUUUGCUUCCUGGCACCUGCCUCCUAGCAUCUUAACCCUCUUGGAUCCUCAUCUGUAACAUGGGAGUGAUCCCUAAGUUGGAGAGUCUUUGAAGAUAAAGUGGUAACAUGACUUUGGAGGUGGUAGCUAUUUGGUAUGUCAUUAAAGUGACUUUGUGAUCUCAGGCGAGUUAUUAGACUUCACUGCCUAGUUUUCCGUUAUUCCCACUUUAUGGAUGAAGAGACUCCAAAAGAUAAAUUUCUUAUAUGUAGGUUAUCAGAAUCUGAGACCGAGUCAGACUUGGAAUGUAGCACCUGUUCAAUAAAUAUUUGAAUUAGUGAACAUGAGCCAUGCUACAUAAUAGCUCGAAUGCUAAUUAAGCAAGGGCAAGCUUAUGAGAUGCAUCUGUGAGAUGUAGCAUGUAUGAGGGAUCCUGUGAACUCUGCCAGCUCCGAACAACCUUUUUGUCAGAUGUAUAUCAUUUACUCAACAGCUACUGGCCUUUGCCAGGCACUGUGUGCCCUGGGCCUCCUCAUCAACAAGUAAAAUAACAUGCAUCUGGGCUUUGUGUUCAUCUCGCCCAUCAGACUUUAUAUAACUAGUACUUAGUAAGACUUAAUGUGUUUUUCAGGUGAGAAGGUUGGGAAAAGUGAAGAAUAGGGAAAAUCUAAAAAAUUAUUUUAGAUAGACUGCUGAGCGUUAAGGUGAUUUAAGGCAGAUGCAGGGGAAAAACUUAGUAUUUUAAUUGAUUUAGUAAAUAUUUGGUUGCUAAUUGCCAAAGUGCUAAAGCUGUAAUGAUGGCGCCCUUUUCAGUAGAAUCCACAGGUGGAGCAGAUGAUAGCCCAGUCGAUUUCUCCUUCUAUAUGGUAUUUUCAGUGUUUUCCUUUUUCCUUUUUGAUGCAGCAAUGUAUUAUAAAAUUACAUUUUUCCUUUUUUUUAAGGGAUUGGUUUUAUAUUUUUUUUGUUGUAUAAUGAUAUAAGAUAUGUGGUGCAUUUCAUUAUAUAUAAGUUUACUACUGUUAAUGAACACAAAAAUUCAAACAAGUAAAUGUAAAGAUCUAAUUGGCUGUAGUCAAAGAUUUCAUGAAUCUGGCAGCAUCCCAUCUAGUAAAUAGAAUGGUGGUCCUCAUUUUUCCUUUUAAUUGGUGAUUUUAAGAGAUUUGUUCCAUUCCUAUUGGUACAGAUUUUAUUUUUAUAAAGGAAUUAAAAGUGUUAUUUUACAUUAUGGCACAUGUUGCUGGAAUGUGUAUCUUGCAUUAACACACAUAAUUGAUUUUAGUAAUUGUCUUGUAAGCCGGGAGUACCUGCAAUCCAAGUCCAAAAUAAGACCUUUUACAAGAGAAUAUGCAUUUUUUAUGUGAAAUUAACUGUCAGUCUUUUAAAUCUAACUUUAUUUCAGACUUAAUUUGUGACCUUUUUUGGUACCUGAUUAUUUUAUUUUACUCUGAAGCUGCAUAAUGGAAUAUUGCAUAGGAUAGGGUGUUGGAUACCAAAUGAAACAGGCUUGAGAAAUGUGUGUGUGUAUAACAGAUGAAGAAACAAGAAUGUGACCAAGAAGAAUAGGAAUGCUGGGUUGGUACAGUAGGCUUCACUAGACUUAGCUGCAACUCAGAAUUUCUCCUCCAGCACCUGAGUAAAUGCUGAUGGUCUUGUGGAGAGUGGAUUAAGAGUACGAGCUAAGUUCUCAAUCCCAAUUAAGAAGCGGAGGAAAAUUUAAACUGUCUCCUUCAAAGUUUAUCACAACCACCACCAUCAAGACAGCAAACCAAAGGACAAAGACUUUGACCUGCUUUGUUGCUCUGUGUAGUCCAGUUCACGUAUGGUUUACAGACUUGGCUGGGGUUACUAAUGUGUAAAUAAAAAGUCGGACACUUCUGUCGUUGGACACUUUUAUUCUCAAAGUUACCAAAAUGAGGGCUGUACUGGAGACAGCAGACAUUGCCAUAGUGGCCCUGUAUUUUAUCCUGGUCAUGUGCAUUGGUUUUUUUGCCAUGUGGAAAUCUAAUAGAAGCACCGUGAGUGGAUACUUCCUGGCGGGGCGCUCUAUGACCUGGGUAGCGAUUGGUGCCUCUCUGUUUGUGAGCAAUAUUGGGAGUGAGCACUUCAUUGGGCUGGCAGGAUCUGGAGCUGCAAGUGGAUUUGCAGUGGGCGCAUGGGAAUUCAAUGCCUUACUGCUUUUGCAACUUCUGGGAUGGGUGUUCAUCCCGAUUUACAUCCGGUCAGGGGUAUACACCAUGCCUGAAUACUUGUCCAAGCGAUUUGGUGGCCAUAGGAUUCAGGUCUAUUUUGCAGCCUUGUCUCUGAUUCUCUAUAUCUUCACCAAGCUCUCAGUGGAUUUGUAUUCAGGUGCCCUCUUUAUCCAAGAGUCUUUGGGUUGGAACCUUUAUGUGUCUGUUAUCCUGCUCAUUGGCAUGACUGCUUUGCUGACUGUCACCGGAGGCCUUGUUGCAGUGAUCUACACAGACACUCUACAGGCUCUACUCAUGAUCGUUGGGGCACUCACGCUUAUGAUUAUUAGCAUGAUGGAGAUUGGCGGGUUUGAGGAAGUUAAGAGAAGGUACAUGUUGGCCUCACCCAAUGUCACUUCCAUCUUGUUGACAUACAACCUUUCCAACACAAAUUCUUGUAAUGUCCACCCUAAGACAGAUGCACUGAAAAUGUUGCGGAAUCCAACAGAUGAAGAUGUUCCUUGGCCUGGAUUCGUUCUUGGGCAGACCCCAGCUUCAGUAUGGUACUGGUGUGCUGACCAAGUCAUCGUGCAGAGGGUCCUAGCGGCUAAAAACAUUGCUCAUGCCAAAGGCUCUACUCUUAUGGCUGGCUUCUUAAAGCUUCUACCAAUGUUUAUCAUAGUUGUCCCAGGAAUGAUUUCCAGGAUACUGUUUGCUGAUGAUAUAGCUUGCAUCAACCCAGAGCACUGCAUGCAAGUGUGUGGAAGCAGAGCUGGGUGCUCUAAUAUUGCUUACCCACGCCUGGUGAUGAAGCUGGUUCCCGUGGGCCUCCGGGGCUUAAUGAUGGCAGUGAUGAUUGCGGCUCUGAUGAGUGACUUGGACUCUAUCUUUAACAGUGCCAGUACCAUAUUCACCCUCGAUGUAUACAAACUCAUCCGCAAGAGUGCAAGCUCCCGGGAACUCAUGAUUGUGGGGAGGAUAUUUGUGGCUUUUAUGGUGGUGAUCAGCAUUGCAUGGGUGCCAAUCAUCGUGGAGAUGCAAGGAGGCCAGAUGUACCUUUACAUUCAGGAGGUAGCAGAUUACCUGACGCCCCCGGUUGCGGCCCUGUUCCUUCUGUCCAUUUUCUGGAAGCGCUGCAAUGAACAAGGGGCUUUCUAUGGUGGAAUGGCCGGCUUUAUUCUUGGAGCAGUCCGUUUGACACUGGCCUUUGCCUACCGUGCCCCAGAAUGUGACCAACCUGAUAACAGGCCAGGCUUCAUCAAAGACAUCCAUUACAUGUAUGUGGCCACAGCAUUGUUUUGGGUCACAGGACUCAUUACUGUAAUUGUUAGCCUUCUCACGCCACCUCCCACGAAGGAACAGAUUCGUACCACCACCUUUUGGUCUAAGAAGAGCGUGGUGGUGAAGGAGAGCUGCUCCCCAAAAGACGAACCAUACAAGAUGCAAGAGAAGAGCAUUCUGAGAUGCAAUGAGAAUAGUGAGUCCAUCAACCACAUCAUUCCCAAUGGGAAAUCUGAAGAUAGCAUUAAGGGCCUUCAGCCGGAAGAUGUUAAUCUGUUGGUGACCUGCAGAGAGGAGGGCAACCCAGUGGCUUCCUUAGGUCAUUCAGAAGCAGAAACACCAGUAGAUGCUUAUUCCAAUGGGCAAGCAGCUCUCAUGGGUGAGAAAGAGAGAAAGAAAGAAACAGAGGAUGGAAGCCGGUACUGGAAGUUCAUAGAUUGGUUCUGUGGCUUUAAAAGUAAGAGCCUCAGCAAGAGGAGUCUCAGAGACCUGAUGGAGGAGGAGGCUGUUUGUUUACAGAUGCUGGAAGAGCCUCCGCAAGUUAAACUAAUACUAAAUAUUGGACUUGUUGCUGUGUGUUCACUUGGAAUUUUCAUGUUUGUUUAUUUCUCCUUGUGAACUUUUAAGGAUAUGAUGAGACAUUAACUUAAGAAAAUACUGGUCUUUGGAAAAAAACUUAUGUAACUGUUGCAUCUCUCAGGCAUUGUUUACGCUGUAGGUUUUAGCCAAAUUUUACUUAGCAGAAAAUCAUCUAUUUGCAAGACUUUAUUUUCCCAGAGAUGGAUGAAAGUAAAUUUUCAACCUAAAUGAAGUAAAACUUGUUUAACAGAUUGAAUUGUGCAAAUGUGGUGUAAAAUUUUCCAUACCAAAGUAAGGAGAGACCAAUUAUUCUCAUAGCACACUUAGGGCAGAAUAUAUGCUAAGAUAUGACGAAUAAGGUAUACUGUGUGCACUGCCACAUCUUGGUUAGACCUCCUUAACCUGAAGUGGAAGACUUGCGCAUUUAAAAGUUUUUUCCUCUGUCUCUGUAAUCCCUACCACCAUUAAAAAACCUGAAUUUGUAGACAUUGUAUAAUCAAUCAUGUACCGAAAAUCUGACUGAUGUGCUUGUGGGGUACUUGUUUCGGGACAAGUUAGUUUGUUAGUUAGUUUGCCAUUAGCAUGAGUAUUUGGAUUCUGAUUACCAAAAGAAAGGAAGAAGAAUGUUUUCCUGUAGCUAUUCUUGAACCACCAAUAUAUGGAGUUUUGGGAAAAUUUAUUCCAUUUCUUUUUCUCCUUCUUUGAUGUUUAAGUGAACCAUACUCAAGUGAUCACCAAGUCUGUCUUUAUAAAGUUAUAUGUCAUGAUUGUAUUUUUAAAUUGAUUAUCGGGGAGAAAAUGAAGUAAACAUUGCUGAUGAUCCCCAAAUUUAUUGACCAAAAUUAAGAUUGUUUUUCUAGUUUGGGAAUUGGCAGCCGCCAAGCAGUGUUCAAUCACUGUAAGCUGAACAGCUGGUUACUCAUACUCCGCUAGUUCUCUAGCUUUGUUCUUGUCGUUUGGUAACAUUCUUUAUUAGCCAGAUGCCCUCCCAAGUGGAUCCAGUUGGAAGAUAUGUUCAGAACUUUGAAGAAAAAUUGACACUGCCUUUGUGUUGGGUUGCCCUACUUGAUUAGAUCAUGAUAUUUUGAGCUUGAGUUUUCAGAGGGAAAAUUUAAUUCUGAAAUCACAUUGUAUCCUUGGUAAUUUUUUUUUCCUGAUUUACUUUUUUUCAAAAGACUUGCCAUCUGUACAUGUCCUCUACAUUUCCGUUUAGAAAGUUACGGUGACUUAGAGCAUGAGGAUGUUCCAUUUGCAAACUGGUUAUCAGUAACAGAAAACUGAAGAGUGCAUGCUUUGCCAUUGGUAGAUUGUCACUUUAGUUUUUCUGUAGAAUGGAUAGCAUGUUCAAGAGGUGCCAUGAACAACAGCUUCUGGAUUUAAUGGUGUGUCUCAUGGAUAUUACGGGACUUGUAUAAUUGUAGGACCUUCUAUCUUGACAUGGCUCGGUACCCAGUUGCAACUUUCAUGGAUGGGAAUCUGUUUUUCACAGACUGUAAUUCCCCUUUGUGAGGACAGGGUACGAAAGAUGUUAGAGAAAAGCUCUUGCAGAUUAUGUAGUUCUGUGUCUGUGUGUACUCAACACUGUCCUUUUUCCUCCAUGACAGAUGAAGGAAACUAAUAGUGUAUCUACUUUGUUUGACUUUCCUGUAAUCUCUGAUACUUUUUUAACUUGCAUGAUUUUAUUAAGCUUAUAUUCUUUAGGGAAAAUUAUUACUUUUUUAGAUACUUUUAUAGAUUUUGAAUCAAAACUCAGUCCUAAUGACUUUAAAUUUUUUGUAUUCUGUGAACUAGUUCAUUAUGAUGGACUUGAUUAGUCCAAAGUUGAUUUUAGAAAUUAUCAGGUAGCAUAAUGUCUUCCCAUCUCCAGGGGGCUUUCUGAUGGACUGAGUCUGUUGAUGAAAAAAUAAUUCAUGUAUGAAUAGCAUGAUUUCUGAGAGCUUAGAGUGCCUUGUAGAAUUUUUUUCUCAAUUUCAUUCUUAGGGUUUAUAAAUGGGGGCCAAAUAAAUAGGGACCAUCCUUUUCUUGUGUGGAGGCUGAGGCUGUGACAUGUCCAAGCUUACAGUCUGUUGGGAAGAACAGAAAACCAGGUGUCUAAAUCUGGGUUCAUGGUUUGUCCUCCUCUUUUCUCAAAGGAACUGACGUUCUUCGAGACAGCCAUUUGGUAUUUAGGGAAAUAAUAGCAUUAAGUUGUAGGAAUUAAAAUUUUCUUUGACUCUGAACACAUUGCUGUGUAACUCAGUAGUGAGGACUGAUAUACUGGCUGGGCAGCCUUCUUAACCCUUCUAUUUACAGCAUUAAUGAAUAGGUGGUGUUUAUGUGGAUUUUUUCCUCUUUAUUUAAUGUUGAGUCCUAACAGUCUGGAGUAUUAGGGUCCCCCUACCUUCUCUCUGUUGUCAGUGUAGUACAAUACAUAAAAUACAUCAUCUUGUGUCUGUCUGUGUGUACAUAGCAGUAGGUCAAGUUUAGAGUAUUAGCGUCUGUAAAUAAGGAAUGACUUUAGCUUAUCCAUUAGGAUUGUUUAUUCUUGCCAGUAUAAACAUCACUUUAUUUAGACUGAAGUCCCUGAAGCUUGCCCUUCUUAUUGCUUCCCAGUAAUAGAUAAUGUGCUUGAAUAAGUAUGUGAAUUGCUGAUUGCAGCUUCAUUUCAGCAGACCAUUCUUCAGUCUGUAUUUCAUUAGAUUGUUCUUGCAAUGAUACAUGGUCUGUAUUAAGCUAGCAAAACGUUCAUACUUUAACUAAAUGGGUCCUAAGUGGUGACACUGAUGUCUGGACAUUAACAUGUAUGUAUUUUUAUAUUGGCUUAGACUGACGUUCAGAAUUGAUCAAGUGAUAUUGACUAAAAUAGUUAGCUAAGAGUCAGAAAGAAGUGAGGACACUUGUCUUCAAAGGUGGAGACAAAUACUGUCUUAUCUGCUGUUAAUGGUAUCCCUAGUUCUUAAACUUUUGAACUUUCAGACAGUCUUAGUGUCAAGAUCUGAUGAGAAGAGGUUAUUACUGUGGUAUGCCAAUUCAUUAUUGGCUCCUUUGUGGGACCUCUAAUUUGUCCUGCCACCCCAAGAUAGUAAGCAGCUUGUGAAACAGCUGAGCGAGUCUUUUUCCCCAGCCAUUCUUUCCUGGUGAGUUUAUCACUCUUACCCUUAGGUUAGAGAAGCAUCAAGCAGUGACAAUGGUGCUGUGUCCUUUGGCCUUAAUUCAGCAGAUCUGAUCUCUCAAGGCUUCCUUUUCACGUGGCUCAAAGGAUCCAUUGUCUUUUUGCACAAAGAGGCUGGCCAGGGUCACAUAGGCAUAGCUUUUAGGGAUGGCACCUCAAGUAAUUGGCAGAGACCCAUGGCUCUGUGAAACUUCACGUUUUAAGAAUUGGGUGGG